AUGCCAACUCGUCUUCUCUACUCAGAAGGUACUUUUCAUCAACUUUCAUCCUGCCAAGAGUGGAUAGUAGUCGUUAAUCAUAUGUUCCAGGCUUUGGUCGAUCACGUGGCUGAAUGUCAUGUUAAUAUUUCGAACCGAGAUUGGGUUUGCAAAUGGCGAGGAUGUGAACGUACAGAACCUUUCCGAGCUCUGUAUAUGCUUGUUGUUCAUGUUCGCAAACACACUGGAGAGAAGCCAAAUGAAUGCACGCAUCCGGGAUGCAACAAAUCGUACAGUCGUCUUGAGAAUCUCAAAACGCAUAUGAGGACGCAUACUGGAGAGAAACCGUAUGCUUGUGAGAUUCCUGGUUGUCCGAAGGCGUUCAGCAAUGCAAGUGAUCGCGCCAAGCAUCAGAACAGAACUCAUUCUAAUCUGAAACCCUACAUUUGUAUGGUUGCGCAGUGCGGUAAAAGUUACACAGACCCAUCAUCGUUGAGAAAACAUAUCAAAACUGUACAUGGAGACGAGGCCUAUGAACGGGCAAAGAAAAAUCGACCCCACAACACUGGUGGAAGACGAAAGGUUGGUAAAAACAGCCACAUGUUGCAUACAAUGCCUCUUGAUAUUUUGCAUUUUGCUGCAAUGCAACAGGUUGGGUAA